UGUAUCCUGAGGGGGAGGGGGAGAGUGUACCCCUGAUUGAGAACCACUGGUUUAAGGCUUUGUAAUCCAAUACUUAAACAUGCAAUACCCAGUAUUGGCCACUAGGGGUUCUGUUAGAGGUUGAUUACAGAAUCAGCUUUAUGUCCUACUGAGACUCCCGAGGCUGUACACUCCUAUGUAUCAAUGUUGUUUCAGUGCAUAACCUUUUCCUUUCUGUCUGGUGUAGGAUUGAAAUGUGGAGUUCGUCCUGUUGACUUGGAGAACCAGAAAAGUUUCCUGCUGUCUGGAUUCUUUUCUAGAAUUGUUGGAGGCAGAAAUUCAGUGGCUGGGGGGCAACCCUGGCAGGUAUCUCUCAAGUUGGGUCGUUUCCACUUCUGUGGUGGCAGUUUAAUACAAGAAGAUGUGGUUGUAACUGCAGCUCACUGCGUAUUCACCCUUGAGCAGAAACUAGUGAAGAAUCUCAUUGUGACUGUUGGAGAACAUAACCUCAGAAAGGCAGACGAGCAAGAACAGAACAUUCCUGUCUCACAAGUCAUUGUUCACCCUGACUUCAACAGACUUGGCUACAUGCAUUCUGAUAUCGCUCUGCUAUAUCUGAAAUACAGAGUAAAGUACGGACCUAGGGUUCAGCCAAUUUGCCUUCCCCACAAAGAUGAUAAAUUUGAGGCCGGGACUCUUUGUGUUGCUAGUGGCUGGGGCAGAGUGUCUGAGGCUGGUGAACUAUCUAAUGUUCUACAGGAGGUGGAGCUCCCCAUCAUUGAUAGGGGAACCUGCAGUGCCCUGUUAAAGCAAAUGAAUCUGCCUCCAGUAGCAAGCUCCAUGCUGUGUGCUGGCUUUCCUGAUGGUGGGAAGGAUGCUUGCAAGGGCGAUUCUGGAGGUCCUCUCGUGUGUAGAAGAGCCAGUGGCAUCUGGACUCUGGCCGGCGUCACAUCAUGGGGAGUUGGCUGUGCAAGAGGCUGGAAUGUCCUUGAGAAAAGCAUCAAUGAAAGGGGUUCCCCGGGCAUCUUUUCCAAUGUAGCUGAACUGAUGGACUUCAUCACCCAGAACAUUAUCCCUGCUGCAGAGCCAGAUCACCUUCCCCCGCACUUUCCUGAAGGAUGCAGCUCCCAUGGAAUGCUGGUCUUUGGAGAAAGUGGCCGUAUUCAGUAUCCCCAACCCAGUGAGAGUAACUACCUAGAUAACAGCCUGUGCGUGUGGAAUAUAAUUGUGCCAGAAGACAAGAUUAUAUUGAUACAGUUCACCAGAUUAGACCUAGAGAGCCAGAUCACGUGUGACCAUGACUACGUGUCCUUCUAUUCGGACAAAAGAGAGCUAAUUGGUAAAAUCUGUGGGGAUGUGUUACCAACCCCCCUGCUGAUAGACUCUAACCGAGCAAUGGUUACUCUCGUUUCUGAUGGAAGCAACACCGGCAGUGGCUUUGAAUUCACCUUCACAGCUAUACAUAAGGAAUCGGAAGCAGGUUCUGGUUGUGGAAGUGUUGCAGUGCUGGUGGAAGAGGGAAAGAUUGAUACUGCUAAUUACCCUGGCUUGUAUCCCAGUAACGUGAAGUGCCAUUGGUUCAUUGAAGCCCCAGUAGAGAAUGUCAUAAAGCUGGAAUUUGAAGACUUUGCUGUUGAAUUCAGCGAGGGCUGUAUCUAUGAUGCAAUUGUCAUUUACAGUGACACACAAGAUGAGCACCAGCUGGCCAAUCUGUGUGGGUUCUCAACCCCCAGCCCAAUUCUGAGCCCUGGCAAUGAAAUGUUGAUACAUUUUGAAAGCGAUGGUGAGAACAACUUCAGAGGGUUUAAGGCCAGAUUCACCUUUGUUCCUUCAGCAGAAGAAGCUGAAUCAGUAGUUGCAGAACCAAUUGUUCUACAGACGACCACUCCAAAGAAUAUCCCCUUAGAUGUCUGUGGCUUUCCCCCAUUUAGUCCACAGUGGCUGUCUGGACGUGUUGUCGGGGGAGAAGAAGCAUGUCCCCAUUGCUGGCCUUGGCAGGCAGGCUUGCAAUUUUUAGGUGACCAUCAGUGUGGCGGUGUCAUCAUCAGUCCAACAUGGGUACUCACAGCAGCCCACUGUAUACAGUCAACAAACAGACCACUGCAUUGGACUGUCAUCGUGGGAGACCAUGAUAGAAUCCUGAAGGAGUCAACAGAACAGGUGAGAAGGGUGAAAACUAUUGUGGUGCACCCUGACUUUGAUACCGUGAGCUAUGACUCUGAUAUUGCACUGAUCCAACUGGAUGUCCCUCUGGAGUAUAACACUGUUGUGAGGCCAAUAUGUUUGCCCAACAGCACACAACCGUUACCUUCCUCUGUUCUGUGCACCAUGACUGGCUGGGGGAGCACCCAAGAAGAUGGGAGCCUUGCUAGUCGACUGCAGCAGACACAAGUACCCAUACUUGAGAGUGAAGUCUGUGAGAAAAAUUACUAUUUUAAUCACCCCGGAGGGAUCACAGCUAGAAUGCUUUGUGCUGGUUUUGCUUCCUCUGGAGGGCAGGAUUCCUGCCAGGGUGAUUCUGGUGGCCCAUUGGUUUGCUAUAAUGAAAAAGAGCCAUUUAUUCUUUAUGGCAUCAUCAGCUGGGGUGUUGGUUGUGCCAGGCCAAAGAAACCAGGAGUUUAUACAAGGGUGAGGGUCUUCCUGGAUUGGAUCAAAUCCACAAUAAGAGAGAUUGAACCAAAUGCACUUCAGGUAAGUAAUGAUGGACAUGAAACCUUAACACAGACACCAAUGAAACGGCCUACAAAACUAACAGGAGCUGCAUACAGACAAGAAUGUCCAUCGGAAGUGGAGUUAACAGAGCCCAGAGGUUUCUUCUCAUCCCCUUGCUCAUCAGGCUACAUAGGAAGCUUGAAUUGCUCUUGGGUGCUCAGAAUGUCCCCCAGAGGCAUGGCAAAGCUCACAGUAAAGCAUCUGUCAAUACCAGCCUCACGGAACUGCCAAGUGGAGCUCCUAGGGAUAUAUGAAGAGAGCCAAAGAGGAAGAAAAGUAGUAGCUGAACUAUGUGGUGUCCUGCAGUCACCCAGGACCUUUCUGAGUCCUGGCCCUGUGGUGAAAGUGGUGUUCCAUUCUCUUACCCUUGCAGCCUUUGGCAUUGAGUACAUGGUCUUCAGAGUCCAAGGGCCAAAGAUUGGAAAGACAGUGAAACGUCCCAAGGAUGUGAACCAAGAAUUGUCACGCUGCAGGGAUGUCAUUCUCACAGACCUGGAAGGAUUGAUCCAGUCACCAGGCUAUCCCCAUGGCUAUCCUAAUGCCACCAGCUGCCACUGGCGAAUUGUAGCCCCAUUAAAAUCCAUUAUUCGGCUUGAUUUCCUGGCCUUCUGGACUGAAAAGACUCUGUCUGGUUGCCAUGGACAACUGAUGGUGUAUGAAGGAUUUGAGCCAAGCAAGGAGUUAAUAGGUAACUUCUGUGGUGAAAUUUCACCCUCUCCUUUAAAGUCUGAUGGUCCAGUGGUGACGCUGACCUUCACGUCCAGUGCUGAAGUGGCUACAAAAGGGUUUGUUCUGACCUACUCUUUCCAUGAUCUACAACCUGUAUGCAAGUUCAUAGCUUUCCUCCUUCAAACGCCUCCCUGCAGCCCCAAGACUCACUUCUGCUGCACCUACAAGAAACCAGCUAACUCCAUACAGCAGUUAAGGUUCUGCAUUAGGAAAGUUGAAAGCUGCUGAAAAAGGGUGUCCAGUCUUGGAUCUAAUUCCAGUUGGAUCUGCUGAGAUAACAUCUCCUAAUUACCCCAACACUUAUCCCAACAUGCUGAACUGCACGUGGACAGUUUAUUCCAUUUCAGGAAAUAGGUUGAAAGCUGUGAUC